AUGCACAUAUUUGAAUACUUAGGGAAGGAGGUACCGGAAGAAAAGUGGAAUAAGAAAGAAGUAUGCAGAGUCCUCAAGUCAAGACUUAAAGAGCUUCAUCUGAUAGGAAUAUCGCAUAAUGAUGUUAGGCCGGCCAACAUUCAUGUGUCAGUUUCAGGUAAGAUUUCUUUGAUAGACUUCGGAUUAUCGGACGGCACAAAUAAUGAAGAACAUAAGAAGAAUGAUCUUGAUAGUCUUGACUACAUAUUGGGAAUACAUGGUUAUGAAAGUAAGAAGUAUGGCAAUCGAGUUAAUGCUAAAAGCGAAGCUAUAUCUGCUUAUAGAGCAGACGAAGAUGACAAAUGUGGAAAUGAUAGUAAUUCUUCUAGUGAAGAAGUAUUUGAUGAAAGGAGUUCAGAAUCUUUUGGUACCCGAACAACGAUAGAAGAUAUUGCUUCAAAGUCAUCACGAAGAUAA